AUGGCGUCUCCAGUCACAGCCAAGUAUGAUUGGAUUCUUGCAAUCACUACUAUUGCCUUUGUGUUCUCCGCCUUCGGAAACGGCGCCAACGAUGUCGCCAACGCGUAUGCCACUUCGGUCGCCGCCCGUACCCUGACUAUGGUCCAGGUUGGACCUCUUGCUGUGGUCACAGAGUUCAUUGGCGCUGUUGCACUUGGAGCACGUGUGACCUCAACCAUCAAGAACGGCAUUAUCUCGAUCGACCGCUUCGAGGGCAACCCGGGUGCGCUCAUGUUGGCCAUGGGAUGUGCUGAGGUUGGUAGUGCUUUCUGGUUGAUGCUAGCCACGCAUUGGGGAAUGCCAGUCUCAACUACGCAGACUGUGGUAGGCGCUCUUAUUGGAGUCGGGUUUGCUAGUCAGGCCCCCGUCAAAUGGGCGUGGGAGUCUGGCUCGGUGUCACAGGUUGCUGCUUCUUGGGGCAUCGCACCUCUGAUUGCUGGUGCCUUUUCCGCGAUCAUCUUCGGCACCGUCAAGUACUCGGUUCUCGAACGCAAAGACCCUUUCAAGCACGCCAUGCGCCUCAUCCCCUUCUACUUCGCCAUGACAGGAGCUAUCUUGGCUCUGUUUAUUGUCGUGGAAGCGCCUACUGCGCCCUCCCUCGAAGAAUUUGGAGCUGGCAAAGCUGCUGGUAUCAUCUUGGGAGUGUUCUUUGGAUGCUUGGCAAUCUGCUACAUCUUCUUUAUCCCGUUCUUCAAGCGCAAGCUCAUCAUGAAGGACCCCCGCGUCAGGAUCUGGCAUGUCAUCUUGGGCCCUCUACUCCUCAAAGAGAGUACUACUCUAUUCUGGCCAGGCAAAGGCAACGAAUACGUCACCGAUUACUACGAGGAUGCCUACGGCGAAGUCCAUGCUGGCACCAACGCAAAGCAUGCUGUUUCGGGUCCCGCCAGCGACGAUGAGAUCAAGAAAGUGGAUGCAGGAUCGCCCUCCGGUUCGACCAAGGACGGUGGCGUCCUUCCCAGCGACCCCGAAAAGACACGCGUAGAAGAAAGCACCACUGCACCCACCCGCAAACUGAAGACGCCGGAGCCCUACGAGCGCUGGAUCGUUCCUGUCCAGCAUCUCUCAUGGGUUAACCCUCAGAAGUGGUGGGCAUACGCCAAGUUCGGUUUCCUCAGGGGUGUCACCUGCGACGUUAUCACACACGACAACGAUCUUCUGCGCGCCAUCCACUCCAAGGCUAUCCGUUACGACGUUCGUGUCGAGCAUCUGUGGACGUACUGCCAGGUUGUAUCAGCUAUGAUGAUGUCCAUCGCUCACGGCUCCAACGAUGUAGCCAAUGCUGUCGGACCCUGGGCCGCUGUCUAUCAGACAUACCUUGCUGGAGAGGUAGCUACUCGCUCGCCUACUCCCGUUUGGUUCUUGGUCGUAGCCGGUCUCCUACUCGGUCUUGGUUUCUGGUUCUACGGAUAUCACAUCGUUCGUGCCCUUGGUAAUAAGAUUACUCAGAUGUCACCUACCCGCGGUUUCUCUGUCGAACUCGGCGCUGCUGUUACCGUCUUGCUGGCUUCUCGACUUGGUCUCCCAGUAUCGACCACUCAGUGUCUGACUGGUUCAGCAGUUGGUGUGGCUUUGAUGAACUACGAUCUUGGUGCCGUCAACUGGCGCCAACUCGCUUUCAUCUUCAUGGGUUGGGUCAUGACCCUACCCGCCGCCGGUCUCGUCUCCGGUCUUCUGUGCGUCAUGGCGCUCAACGCCCCUAGCUUCUAA